AGCGACUAUGUGUUAGAAGUACGAAGGCUUGAUUGUCUCCGUGAAACUAAUUCAACCAUAAUUACGAUACUUUAAACAAUGGGUGACAAACGAACUAAUGCCAAGUUAGAGCAAGACGGUCCUUGUUCUGCCCAGAGAAUAUCCAUAUGUUCAUCGGAAGAAACCGUAAUGUCUUAUGGAGCAAAAACCAUAAUCGAAGGUCAUGAAACAAUGUUAAAAUCGGAGGAACUUUCAUCUGCAUUUUUUGCACUGAAAGGAGCUGUGGUAGAUGAUUUUUCAUUACAAAACGCUGAGGUUUUUCGCAAGGUAGUAAAAUCAGAAACAGUUAAAAUAAACCAUUUCAAUUUAACUGUAACAAAGGAAGAGAGUAAAAGUGAAGUUUUGUCAGUGACAUCAGCUGGAAAAAAAAAUAAAAUAGUAUCAGAUAACGUAGAGCAUCUUCAUGAAGAAAUACAAUCUGGAACAGUUCAAAGAAAGCAAUCAAGGUUUACAAGUUAUUUACAAGGACAUAAAUUUGAAUCAUCGCACUUGUCUGAAAUAGAAAUGGCUUUUGCAGCACCAUUCAAUACCAUUCAAGAGAAAAAACAAUCGGUAGAAUGCACAUCCUUGUCAUCGUUAAAAGCUUCAUUGGCUAAUGGAACAUCACUAGAUAGCGCUGAACUUCAAGAAAAAAUAAAACCGGGAUUAGUUCACACAGGAAACUCAAAGCCAAAAUGUCAUUUACAAGAUGAAUCAGCAUCUCCGUCUUUGACAGGAGCUAUCCUAGCUGCUGAAGAUUCAUUAAAAAACACAGGAAAAGAAAAGAAACCCGAACCGGGACCUGAAUACGUCAAUCAAUUACAAUGUUUAAAAAAUCAGGAAGAUGAUGAAUGUGCCCGGUGUUCAUCGUUGUCAGCGACAGAACCCGGAAAAUAUUCUGGAAUUCCAUUCAACAUCGCAGAAGUUAACCAUAUGCACGAGGAAAAGAAAUCAGUAUCCAGUAGUACAGAAAUUGCUAAACAAAAUAUAAAGUUAGAAGUAGUUAACGAAUACCACGCUUCAAUAACGAGAAAAUUGAAAGAACACGAGUCUGCACCUUCGUCAUCAGCUGCAGCUGAAAUUGCAAGCACAACUUCAUCUUGUAUCGUAGAAGGUAAAAAGGAGGAAAUGAAUAUUGAUGAAGGACGAGAAAAGCAAUUAAACUCGAGGGAAAAUAAACAAGCAACGCUGUCCUGCACAGCGCGUGCAGGAGCCAUUGAUGUUAUCAAACCAGAUCCAGUUCACAGAGAGCAAAUGAACAGUUCGAAGAAUUUCCUAAAACAAAAAAGAUCUUGUCUAGAGUUAAAUCAGCGUAUAAACUCGCUAAUUAAAACUAAUGAUGUACAUGGUAAUAUGAAUGUUGUACAACAUUCCAAUUCUGUCUUGGUAUGUAGUCUAUUUAAGCAAUUCGAAGCUAUGAUUGACAAAUCGAAAGACAUAGACAAAUUUAAAACAAAAAAUGGCGAUAUUUACAUGUUAAUACCCCUUAGGCGAAGUUUAAAGAGCGGCGUUUUGUCUGCACCAGUUACAUUCGUUGUAGAUCUAAAAUCGAUGAUCUCGGAUGCCUUAGAGACGACAGAUUUGGAUACGGUUAGGAAAUGCAAUGACGUCUGGGUAAUUGAUUACGUUUUGAAACGAUUACAAUGCUAGUGUGAGUAUGAAAUACAUUUUAUGCUGAAAACAGUGUUUUCAUUUUGAUUAUGUACAAAAGUCAAAGGGUCGAAAAACAGUCAGAGGAGAAGAAAAACUUCAUUAUCGUUUACUGUGGCAGACCAUGUGAUAUGUAAUACAAUUUAAAUUUUCUAACUAAACGUGUAAUUUUUGUCGUGUUACAAUUCAUCAUAUUUUUGUAUCGGGGUAAUUUAUUAGUUUUAAUUAAUUUUGUUUAGAAUUUUAACUACAAAAAUGAGGGAAAAGAGAUAAGAUGAGCACCUUAACUUAAAAAGAAAUAUGAAGUUUCUACCUCGCAAUAUUAUCUAAAAUAUUUUUAACUGCUGUUAAUUUGUAAAUAGGGUAACUUCAGGGGAUAUUUUUUCCAGCAUUGUUGACAGAGUCAGAUAUUAUAAGCAAAUGUAAACAAAUAGCCACGCUAUGACCUUGAAGUGGUAGUAUUACACAUUUCUUAUGUUUGCCUAGGUACUUCGCAAUGAAUUGUGGUAAUGUUAAUUAACAGAAUGAACUGUUUAAAUCGUGUAGCACUGCGUAGUAUUCCUAAAUGAUGUUAUGAAACCAGGUGCAUAAUGAUAUCCAAAUUGAGAAUCUAUAAAUAGGUGUCAUAUUUGACGAUUCUGUGUCUAAACCGAUAGCUCUGGUACUCUAUAUUGAGUCAUGUAUUGUAUAUUCUAUAUAUAAACCUUUGUAACCGUUUAUGCCAUGUAUGAAUGAAUGU